AUGUCCACGGAUCGUCGCAUCAAGGGACUCAAGCUGCGACAAAAAAGCCUACUGACAUCUUUCAACGCUAUCAGGCAAUUCGUUGACGAUUACGACGAUGAUAGAGAUGCAAAUGAAGUUCCGGUCCGUCUGGAGAGCAUCAUCAAGCUCUGGGUCGACUUCAACACCGUGCAGACGGAGCUUGAGAGUCUCGACGAAGGAAUUCUUGACGAGCAGUUGAAAUUACGUACGGAAGUCGAGACGGCGUACUAUCGAGUAAAGGGUUUUCUUCUGGCCAACAAUAAAUCGAACCUCCUGCAUGUACCAAGUUUUCCCUCAGCUGGAUAUGUCCCUCCAUCGUCAUCGCACGUGCGCUUGCCCGACGUAAAACUUCCCGUAUUCAAUGGAAACCUAGAUACCUGGUUGAACUUCCAUGAUCUGUAUAUUUCGCUUGUGCACUCGUCGGUCGAACUUUCCAAUAUACAAAAGUUCUACUAUUUGCGGUCAUCGUUGUCAGGAGACGCGCUAAAGUUAAUACAAACGAUUCCAAUUAGUUCUAACAAUUACGUUGUGGCUUGGAAUCUGCUUAUUGAGCAUUUCCAAAAUCCUGUGCGCCUCAAACAGUCAUAUGUAGAUGCUUUGUUCGAGUUUCCAUCGGUUAAAAAGGAGUCAGCAACAGAAUUGCAUCCAUUAGUGGAAAAAUUUGAGGCAAACGUCAAAGUUCUUCAACAAUUAGGAGAAAAAACGCAGUUUUGGGAUGUUUUGCUGGUCCGAAUGUUGAGCAGCCAUCUAGAUUCUACGACGAGGAGAGACUGGGAAGAAUUUUCUGCCUCUAAGGACACAGCCACGUUUAAGGAUCUGACGUCAUUCAUUCAACGAAGAGUUACCGUGCUGCAAGCCAUCCAGGGAAGUAAACCCGAAGCUCAGUCAGUCAUCCAGCCGAAGAAACCAAUCCAACGCCCAGUUACUAACCAUGGAGCGACUCAAAUAAAUCCGAGGAAGUGUGUCCUAUGCGCGGAGCAUCACCCUCUUUAUCAAUGCAUCACGUUUGCCAAGCUGAAUAGUGAAGAAAAGGAGAAGGAAGUUCGUCGUCAUCGACUCUGCCGCAAUUGCUUGCGAAAAGGUCAUUUUAUUAAAGAAUGUCCGUCAUCCAGUAGUUGUAGGAGGUGCCGCAGCCGACAUCAUACACAACUUUGUCCUGGUAUACCGCCGUCUACCACAGAAGAAAUGAAACGGCCAACGGAACCAUCCAAAAGUGAACUACCUACACCCUCAGCGUCGGCCACCGUGGUCGAAUCCGUCAGUUACUCUUCAGCUGGGCUCCAACGGAAGAUUGUUUUGCUUGCUACAGCUAUAGUCAUCGUAGUUGACGACAAAGGAGUCGAACAUGUGGCACGGGCUCUGUUGGACUCCGGAAGUGAAUGCUGUUUCAUCACUGAAUCAUUUUCGCAGCGGAUCAAAGCAUACCGCAGCAAAAUUCAACUUCCGAUUGCUGGUAUCGGUCACUCAACAACGCAUGCUCACCAGAAACUUCUCACUACUGUACGAUCUCGUUCUGAUAAGUUCUCCGUCAGAUUAGAGUUUCUCGUUUUGCCACGCAUUACCGUUGAGCUGCCGUCGAUCUCCAUCGAUUCCUCGUCUUGGACGAUCCCACCGGAUAUUCAGCUGGCAGAUCCGUCGUUUUGUACAACUAGUUCCAUCGAUAUCAUUCUAGGAGCAGAAGUGUUUUUUGACUUGUUCAAGGUUUCGGGUCGCAUUCCCCUCGGCGACAACCUUCCAGUGCUCGUGAACUCCGUGCUUGGCUGGGUAGUGUCGGGAAAGUCCACAUCCGGUCAGUCAUCUGCUCCCGUGAUUGUAAACGUCGCAACCGUCGAAAAUUUACAGUGCCUUAUGGAAAAGUUUUGGUCCAUUGAAGAGGACACCGCAUCUACGUGCUACUCCGUAGAAGAAACCGCGUGUGAAGAACACUUCCGUCGUACAAUCACUCGCAAUCCAGAUGGUCGCUACGUAGUGCGCCUUCCUUUGAAGCAAGAAGUACUCUUGGGCUUGGUCGACAACCGACGCACCGCUCUUCGAAGAUUUCACCAUCUUGAAGGUCGCCUUAUACGCAACACGGAGCAGCAUCAGCAGUAUCGAACCUUUCUAGAGGAUUAUUAUGCUCUUGGCCACAUGCAACACGUGUUUGAUCAUGAAAAUCCACCCCGUCCCUGCUACCAUCUUCCGCACCACGCAGUAAUACGGGAGGACAGCUCGACAACGAAACUGCGUGUGGUCUUCGACGCGUCGUGCAAAACCCCGAACGGACCAUCGCUAAACGACGCUCUCAUGAUGGGUCCUAUUGUCCAGGAAGAACUCCGCUCAAUCAUUAUGCGUUCUCGGACACACCAAGUGAUGUUGAUCGCCGACAUCAAGCAGAUGUAUCGUCAAGUUUUGGUGGACAACCAAGACACACCGCUGCAACGAAUCGUCUGGAGAUCCUCUCCCAACAACUCAAUCGAAACAUACGAGCUGAAGACUGUCACCUACGGCACCGCUAGCGCUCCAUAUCUCGCUACGAGAGUUCUCCAACAACUAGCCGACGACGAAAAAGAUAAUUAUCCCGAAGCGGUCGACGUGCUGCGUAGAGAUUUCUACGUUGAUGACCUUUUCUCUGGAGGACGUAACACGACGGAGACUUCUAACCUCCGCCGACAACUCGAAGCUCUUCUCUCCAAGGGUGGAUUCGAACUUCGCAAAUGGGCAUCUAAUGAGCCAGCCGUUCUUGAGGACGUACCGCCCGAAAACCGUGCUCUCAAAUCUUCAGUUGAUUUCGAUCGAGACCAAUGUAUUAAAACACUCGGAUUGCAUUGGGAACCGACAACUGACCAGCUUCGGUACAAAAUCCAGCUUCCGUCUACAGAAGAUUCUCCCUUCACUAAACGCAUCGCACUUUCCUACAUCGCUCGACUGUUCGACCCGCUAGGCCUAGUGGGCCCAGUUGUAACUACCGCCAAAAUCUUCAUGCAAACACUGUGGACGCUGAAGGAUAACGACGGUAGGACUUGGAGUUGGGACGCUGAGCUCCCUCCGAAUCUGAAGGAACGCUGGUACGAGUAUCAAUCGCAACUCCCACGGCUGAACGACCUGCGUAUCAACCGCUGCAUUCUGAUUCCGAAUCCAGAAAAGGUACAGCUACAUUUUUUCUCCGACGCUUCGGAACGCGCAUACGGAACAUGUGUCUACGUUCGAUCUACUAACGCUACCGGCACUGUCAAUGUUUCCCUUCUCACUGCAAGGUCUAAGGUAGCUCCUUUGAAAAAUCAAAGUAUUCCCCGAUUAGAGCUGUGUGGGGCUCUCUCGUCCGCCGAGUUGUACGAAAGAGUGACGUCAUCGCUUCAAACACCAGCAGAAACCUACUUCUGGGUCGAUUCGACUAUUGUCAUCUGCUGGCUCAAAUCGUGUCCAUCGGCGUGGACUACUUUUGUCGCAAAUCGCGUCUCCAAAAUCCAGACCAAAACACGGAACUGCUCAUGGAAUCACGUAGCGGGUCAACAGAACCCCGCAGACCAUAUUUCUAGAGGGCUUCCGGCUGAAACGCUCCUCAUUUCCCAGCUUUGGUGGCAGGGUCCACACUGGUUGAAAAAUGAUCCCAGUGAAUGGCCCAUUCAGCAACACGAUGGUACACCUCAUCUCGGGGCGCUCGUAGAAGCGAGAAAAACACCACCUGCAGUCGCCUCCGCAUCUGUUGAACCUACGUUCGUCGAUCAUUUAGUAGCACGAUUCUCAAACUUCCAGCGUUUAGUUCGAGCAGUAGCCUACUGUUAUCGGUUUGUACGGAACAGCAGGCGAAAGUUACCAGAUGAAUCAACAGCGACCUACUUAACAGCAGACGAGCGGAAGGAAGCGGAAGCAGUCAUCAUUCGUUUGAUCCAGCAGCAGACCUUCAGUUGCGAGUACAACAGCCUGGAAAGAGCACAACCUGUACAUCCGAAAUCUCGCAUCCGAUGGUUCGAUCCGUUCUUGGGAGCAGACAAGCUCAUUCGCAUUGGUGGCAGGUUGGGGAAAACUACGCAGCAUUAUGAUAGCAAGCACCAGAUUUUACUCCCCGCCUCGCAUCAGUUCUCGGUUCUACUCAUUCGCUACUACCAUUUACAGCAUUUGCACGCAGCGCCCCAACUACUCCUGAAUCUUCUCCGUCUACGAUACUGGAUCACAGGGGCCAGAAACCUGGCCAAACAAGUGGUCCACAAAUGCGUUAUUUGUAUCAGAGCGCGCCCGAAAUUGUUAGAGCAAUUCAUGGCUGAACUUCCAGCGUCUCGAGUCACCGCAGCUCGACCGUUCUCCGUGACUGGCGUUGACUAUUGGGGACCAAUUCAACUGAAACCACCGCAUCGACGAGCUGUACCCAUAAAAGCAUAUGUUGCAGUCUUUGUGUGCUUUGUCACAAAGGCUGUCCACAUAGAGUUGGUUGCUGACCUGAGUACGGCAAAAUUCAUCGAAGCUUUUCGCAGGUUCGUCUCCCGUCGAGGUUUGUGUGCAGAAAUGUAUAGCGACAAUGGUCGAAACUUCGUCGGUGCAGCAAACGAACUCCGCCAGCUCGUUCGUAGCGAAUCACAUCAAAAGGCAAUCGCUCAAGAAUGUACCAACAAUAGUAUACGCUGGCAUUUCAAUCCGCCCAAAGCCUCACACUUUGGUGGCCUGUGGGAGGCCGCAAUAGCAUCGGCGCAGAAGCACUUUGUGCGAGUUCUAGGUACACACACGCUCGCUUAUGAUUCGAUGGAAACAUUGCUGACGCAAAUUGAGUGCUGCCUGAAUUCUCGCCCGCUCGUGGCCCUCGCCGACGAUCCGUCUGACUUAGAGGCACUCACACCAGGUCAUUUUCUGACUGGUUCUGCCCUAAAAGCCGUUCCAGACAUUGAUGUAGCCGAAAUUCCGUUCAACCGACUUCGACAAUGGCAACAAACUCAAAAAUUAUUCCAGCAGGUAUGGAGGAGGUGGCAUCUGGAAUACCUGUCGACACUGCAAUCGCGAACUAAAUGGUGCAAACCGCCUAUCAGCAUCGAAAAGGGACAGCUGGCGAUCAUCAAGGAUGAUAAUUCACCACCGAUGAAUUGGCCAACCGGAAAAAUUAUUGAAACCCAUCCGGGCGACGACGGAACAACUCGAGUAGUCACGCUACAAACUCCGAGUGGUCGAUAUACUCGGCCUAUUUCAAAAAUAUGCCUGCUCCCUAUAGCGUCUGCAGAAGAGAAGACAUCAUCCAUUUGUCGCAUUGUGCAUCUCCAUUGCUCAUGA